AUGUUUCUCAGCUUGUUUCUCGCAAUCGUCUUCGGGGCUGUGGCGCUCGUGCUGUUUCGUUCCUACGCUAGAUACAAGCUAAACUACUGGAACCGGCGAGGUGUCGAGCAAUUGCCAAACGCUGACCUAGUGUUUGGCCACGUUAAGGACGCCAUGCUCUUCCGCACUGCCCCAGGAUGGCACAUGGGUGUACUCCACAACUCCACCAUCAAUAAGGAUGCACCUUUUGUUGGCUUCUACAUCUUCCACAAGCCGUGUCUGCUGCUUCGCGAUCCCAAGAUUAUUAAAAAUAUUAUGAUAAGCAGUUUUAAAAACUUUUCAAACCGGCACUUUGGAGGAAGUCAACAGAUGGACAGUAUGGGCAUGAUUAAUCUGUUUGGUAUAAAGAAUCCUACCUGGAAAUACCUGAGGUCCAAGAUCACUCCCACACUCAACGGUGGUAGACUAAGGCAAAUGCUGCCUCUGUUGAUGCAGACAACUGAGACGAUGAUGAACUAUCUUAAGGAACAAAGCCAUGAGCCAGAUGAAAGUAUGAUAAUCGAUGCUCAGAAGUUGAGCUACAACUAUACGAAUAAUGCCAUUACCAACAUUGCUCUUGGCAUAACAGUUGACUCCUUUCACGAUCACAACGACCAUACCAAAUUUGGUAAAUAUGCUUUAUUCUAUGGAUUGAAAAGAAAAAUUGCUUUGUUAAACCUGUUUUACAUACCAGAACUGAGUACAUUAUUUGGAUCUUACCUUCAAUCAAACAAAACAUUAAUACGGAGUUGUCUAUGGAAUAGCAUAAAUAAUCGUGAAGAAACUAACAAAAUACGAGGGGAUUUUGUCGAUGCACUUAUCGACCUGAAAAACAGCAAUCAAAAUCCUAUGUACAGCAUGGAGGGUGAACAAUUGGUGAAUCUGACAGGUACGUUCUACGCUGGCUUCGAAUCGAGCGCCAAUUCCAUUUCCUUUACACUCAUGAAGCUGGCAUCUCACCAUGAUUUUCAAGAUAAGGCACGUGAGGACAUAGAACGUGCAAUCAAUGAGCACGGCUUGACCUUCAGUGGGUUUAACGACAUGAAAUACUUAGACCAGUGUGUCUAUGAAGCCAUAAGGAUGUAUCCGCCUGUACCGACUCUUGAUCGCUUAACCAAUGAAGACUACGAGAUUCCUGAUACUGGCAUCAUCAUAGAAAAAGGAACUCCGAUUUUCGUCUCACUCUAUGGCAUGCAUUGGGAUCCCCGUUUCUUCGAGCAACCGGAGAUUUACGAUCCCAGCAGGUUCGCUGGUGGCCAAACAGUAUCUGAUGCUUUCCUUCCAUUUGGAAUCGGUCCCAGAAUGUGCCCUGGUAAAAAGCUUGGCCUACUUUACACCAAAGUAGUUUUAACGAUGAUUCUACGAGAAUACACCGUUACGAUUGAUCCUGGAACCACAGUAGUCUUAGAUUCUAAAGCUUCACUGACAUCGGCAGAAGAAUCGAUUAACCUUCAAUUUAAGAAAAUUGUUAGUUGAAA